CAAAGGUGACUCGGGAUACGAGACGCGCAUAAAUCGACACAACAGACAUAGGACACGUUCGUUUUAGAAUUCUUGAAUCAUCCUGGGUGAAUGUCGGCUCGCGAAACUCUUCCAAAAUCAAUUAGUUUGCAAUUUAACGGAACCUUAAAAACACGCAAGUGCGCGGAGUGAGUGUGUGUGGUGGCUGCACAUACGAGAUUACAGAAGAUACGCAGUGCUAAGAAAUGGGAUACAGUGAGGCAGGAAGAGGAAAUCAUUAGAGAUAACCGAGUGACGGACAGGGAUAAUACGUAUCGGUCCUGUGGAAGGUGUCUGUGAAGAGGGAUCGUCAGAAAUUUUGCAAGGAAGGCGGUUGACGCGCGAUAGUAGGUCGAAUCGCUCGUUCGGCGGCGCUCGGCCGCGGUCGGGUGUGCUCGGCACGCUCGAAUUCGAAGUUCGUGUCGUGGCGGUCGCGCGCUCAGCGGUCGGUCGGUCAGUCAGUCAGUCGCACGCGGCACACGAAAGCCUCGAGAAGUCGAGGGAGGUUCGAGAACCACGCGUGAAAACAGAACGAACGAUACGUAAGGAACAACACUGGACAAGGUGAAGGCAAGGAACGAUUAGGUGACUCGACGUAAACAAGACAGGCCCAGAGGACGAUUAGAAACGGGAUCGUGCGUUGCGCGUUUCAUUCGCGCGAAGAUACUGGAGCCGCUUUAGCGAACGGGUCGAUCUCUCCUCUCCAAUUCGAGAGAUCGACUGACCACCCUUCGAGGCAGCUCGCGGAGGCAGUAACCCUUGACGGAGACGGAGUUGCAGCUGUCAAAAGUGAGAUACUACGGGAGAACACCGGCAAAGACGAGAUGGUGUACGGAGGAGGCUUCGAUAUGGUGGAAACGAUGCCACAGACGGUGCCAUCCGCAGCCGGCUACUCGCCGUCGUUCGAUUACAGCACAUUCCAGUUCGAUUUGUCCCUUCUUUCGGACGAUUAUGUUACCGCGAACGCUCAGAAUACCUUGAAACCGACGCAAAUCAAACAGGAAGCACAAUCGCCGCGUCCUAGCUCGCCGAUCACUUACUCGAGUCCACCUUACCCCGGUGCGGGCGGCGAAUUGCCACUUUCCCCUAAUUACUCGCACGAGGGCUCGCCAGGAUACCCAACGAGUCCUUACUACGUUCCCAGGAGUCCUCAGAGCGCCCAGUUUUAUCCAACCAGCCCCGAACCGUCCGCCAAGCAGCCAGUCAAGAGGGAGAAGAGUCUCGACCUACUCGCCAUCUUGCAGGAAUCAAGACUCCUGGCCGAGAGUCUGGGUUACCGUGAAGACUCGACCGACUGCACAGUACCGUGCACGCCACCCAGAACGGAAGAGGACAUCUACAACAGCCUUGACGCGGACUUCUUCGCGAAGAAAGAAGAUGCCGGAGUGCAGGGCCACCCGUUGUUGAAGGAAAUCCUGUUCAAGGAAGAGCCUCGGUCCAGUUGCAGCAGCAACAGCAGCAGCAGCAGUAGCAGCAGCAGCGUCAGCAGCAAUUCCUCCUCGUUGUCGUCGUCCUCGUCGACGACUUCCUCUUCUCCAGACCCCAUAGAGCUGGAGAACAGUUCGCCGCUGAAGAACUUGCUCUUCAAGGGCGCUCGAAAGGAUUUCGCGGACGUCGCGAGAACAAAUGUUCUGAAACUCGAGAGAAUACAGGACGAGGUCAGCAAUCCUCUGCAGAAGGAGGAGGAGCUCUUCAAGGACGGUCAGAAGAGCGAUCAUCAGUUGCUCAGGGAGGUUUUGAGGGACACGAGCUUUCAAAGGAAGUACAAUCUGAGACCCGUGGAUCUUGGUAGCGUUGGGACUGGGUUCGUGGAAGACAUGGAACCUGGCGAAUGCGUCGGAGACCUGACCAGAGAACAGAUCGAGCCUGUCCUGAGCCUGGCCAUUCAGCAGCUGCAGAAGGACUUUGAUAAUACCUGCGUGGCACUGGGCAUACAUCCAGAACCACGACGCUGGAGCGCAGCGGACGUAGCAGCCUGGAUACAAUGGGCCAGGAGGCAACUGCAGCUGCCCUCGGUGCCAUUGGAGAGCUUCAACGUCGACGGCGCAACGUUAACUUCCCUAACGGAGGAAGAGUUCUGUCAGAGAGCACCACAGUGCGGAAGCAUGCUGCACGCACAGCUGGAAAUUUGGAAGGCAGCGGUCGAGGAAUCCCCGAGGAAUACAUUGGCAGCUUCUUGGAGUCCUGCGGGUGUCGUACAAACCCCCAACAACAACAACAACAACAACACAACUGGAUCAGCUGCUAUUGCAAAUGCAGCUCCUGCCAGUGUGAAAGGUUCUCCCUGCAAUAUUGACUUCUCCGAUGACGAAGACGAGGACUGCGGUUCUUCGCAAACGGGCCCCGGCAGCGUCACAAACGGCACCGGCGGGAAGAUGCGAAACGGUGGCUCCCACAUCCACCUCUGGCAGUUCUUGAAGGAACUGCUGCAGAGCCCAGGCAUCCACGGGUCCUGCAUACGCUGGCUGGAUCGCGGCAAGGGCGUGUUCAAGAUCGAGGACUCGGUCCGCGUGGCCAGGCUCUGGGGCAAACGGAAAAAUCGCCCGGCCAUGAACUACGACAAGCUGAGCCGUAGCAUCAGGCAGUACUACAAGAAGGGGAUCAUGAAGAAGACGGAACGUAGCCAGAGGCUGGUCUAUCAGUUCUGCCAUCCUUACUGCCUCUAAACGGGUCCCGUUAAGCCUUCGCGCUCGACCAGAGGUGUUACCCCGGCGACCACUUUGAAAAUAUUAUACAUAUUUAUUGCCGACGCGCGUCUGGAGCGAAGCUGAGCUUCGAGGGACGAACAAUUUAUUCGAGUAUUUAUUAAAACGCAUAAUGGUCCCGGGGUAAUAUCGAGGCGUCGCUAUCUCGAUUUCUUUAAUAACGGACGACGAGUGUGUGUGUGUGUGUGUGUGUAUGUUGCUCCCCUCCUUUGCCCCUACCCUGAAUACCGAAUACCGGUGACAGGUCGUUCAGAAAUCCUGUCGAAAUAAUCUCGAGGUGCUCGAUGCUUUAUCGUGAAACGGACACGAGUGCAAAGGGUUAACACCUUUCCAUCGAUUCCGGGCUCAAGGUUGUCACCUGAUUACCUUGACGUCUGGGCUGUUCAUCGAAGGGAGUUGCGACGAAGGGCUUCCGACUCUUUCUGCGUGCAGAUCUUUUCUUUUUUUUUUUUUUUUUUUACUUGUCGCGUGUGUAGUUGUCCCGUGCACGAGUGUUUCGCGCGUGGAUGCGCGUGUGUGUCUUUGGUGUGCCUGAUUAAAGGAGAAUCAGUACGGAGGUCGAAGGUAAACCGAUCCACCGUGUCCGGCAUUAUCCUUCGGGGAUAACGCCGUGCCACGGCUGGGUACCAUUUAGUACGCCCGUUUUGGGCGAACCCCCAUUUUAUCCAGUGUCCCACCCGCCUUUAUUUCUGUCCCGAUUUGCUCUGUUGUAAUAUAAACAUCUUUCUGGUAAAAUUAAGUUGCUCCUUCGUAGGUGCGUCGAGACGACGGCCAGAUCGACUUCGACGCCUUUUGAUCGACACCGUGAGUACUCAACGUUGUUUACACUGCGAGGAAUCAUAAUUUUUAGAAGAAAAUUGGUGUUUAAGACGGAGUUUGCUAGUCCAGCGUGACCCACAGUCUUGUCCAUUAUAUUUACUCUGCUCUUCUUUAAAGUGUAGCUCCUCUACCCUCUGCUGCAUGAAUUUGUAUACUUAUGAAUAGAGUGUUUAUGUGUAAUUUAUAUUUUCAUAGAAACAGAAAACAGAAUGAAAACUUAAAUGGAAGUAUGUCUUAUCUUCUAAUAUGUAUAUUAUUAAUAUUUGUUUAUUUUUAUAUAUUUUGCGUUCCCAAGCUACUCGUGAAUUAAUUAAUAUUUCAUUUGAAUAGUAACUGAUUUUAUAUGUACAGCUACUAGAUGAACUCGUAUGAGAUCAUCAUGUGCAAAUUCUGUACAAUUUUCUGUUAUCUGUACAGGGAUUGUUUUUAUCCUGUUCUUAAUUGGAAACAUUAUUUAAUAGAGGAUUCUGAGUCUAACUCUCACCCAAUUUCCUUCUGCAAAGUGAGGUCUUCAAGCAGUACCCUUUAAAAGCUCAUACUUCUUUUAGCAAUGUAUUAUGUCAAGAUACUAGAUAACUCCAUGUGAGACCAUAAUAUACAAAUUCAGUUCAAUUUUCUGUUAUCUUCACAAAGAUUGUUUCUAUACAGUCCUUCAUUGGAUACAUGUAACAGAGGGUUCUGAGUGAUCUAUCGCUCUAAAAAAAACUAUUCCCCUAUUUAAAGUAGAAUGUAAUUAUUUUCCUCCUGCAAACUACAGUCUUUAUUAAACACCUUUCAAAAAUCAAAUCACAUUAGCAACAUGCUACAACGACAGUAAAAGCGCCCUGGCACCCCUGCAUCGGUCGACAAUUACCACCAUUGUACUAUACACACGUACUAAUACUAAUGUUAUACUAAUAUAAUCGUGUAGGUAAUGUAAUAUUUUAAUACUAACGGAGCUAGUACUGUUACUAUGUUGUUAUAAUAUUAGUAAUAUUACUAAAAGUGUGUGACUAACAGUAAUUUUAUCUUGAUGGCACACGAGUGUCGGCGCUAAAUCGGUAUUAUAUACCGUUGCGCUGACAUUAGUAUGUUAUUACCCGCACGUCGACCAGAUGCUGGUUGCGCCGGUGCAUCGGGCAAGUUCGAUCAAAAGGUUGACGGGGAUCGACACGCUCGAGAUCUCGUUCCGGGAGGUACGUCCCGCGAUUUAUCGAGCGACGGCCGUUCGAGAUCGUUGCUCGAGGACGGAUAAACAACGAGGAAAAUGAUGUGAAUGGAGAUUCGCUGGAGAAAAGGGAAGAAACUACUCUUUCCUCUCUGUUCUCACGAUUGCUUACCAGCGCCGGUCGCCAAAGCCUCGAGCUGCAUCCGAUCCACGGAUCCACGAUCGGUGGACGAUCCAGCGCGCGGAACUAUUCGCUGCUGCUUGGCCCGUCUCGCCAUUUUUCAAAGAGCACCCGACGGUUGCGAUGCCAUUUUGUUCGCGGCGGAGGGCGCAGCUGUUCCAGCCGAAUUGUGAUUUGUGAUAGUUUAACUAUUAGAGAUAUUUAAAAAAUAUUUUAAAAUUGUUGCAUUUAUUCGCGUGGAAGUAUACUAUUUUUCUAGAAAAUGAUGCUGAGAAAAUUGGGGUUUGCAUAUCGAAUGGUUCUUGGAGAGGUCGAAGAGACACUCUUGAUGAACGUGGUAAUGGGGAGAGUAAAGGUAUAUUUAAUCCCUUAACGUUUAGGCAUGAUUUUGAGUUUUUGUUAAUGGAAGGAAAUGUGGAAAGGUUUGUACCCGUUGUUUAGAAUAUUUAGGUGGUCUAUUUUACAUAGUUAAUGAUUAAAAUCAUGCUCUACGAUUCUUUACUUUUGAUGAAAAGGAAUAUUCGUGUAUCUCGGACAAAUAUAAUUGAAUUAGAACAUUCUAAUAUAUGAAUUUAAAUAAGAACAAAGCUAUGUAUUGACAAUGUGCAAUGAUAUUUAUCGAUUCGUUUAAAGCAUAAAUUGACUUUUAUCCUAUAUUUAGUAUCUAUAAAAAGUUAUAUAUUAUUUUGAAUGCUCUUUAUAAAGUUCUCUCGUAUACAUAAGUACCUCAUCGGCAUUAAAGACGCUUAGACAGAAAUUCAUUGCUUAUACGCGUGUUAUAUUUGUUAUUUGAAAAAAGAACUAUUCUAUUUUAAGAAGUGAUCAUAGUAUCCACGUACAGCAGAUCUGAUUAGAUUUAAAAUAGAAUCACUAGAGGUCGUUUCAAUCAUUUUAUUCCAACUUUCUACAGAAACCAUAUGUAAAAUUAAUCUACAAAAACAACGUGGUCUAAAAUAUAGAAUAGUAAAUGCAAUUUGAAAUAGUAGAGUUAUAAAAAUAAUCUAUUAUUAAACAAAAUACUUACUUAGUAAAGUAUAAAAAAUUAAUCGCCUAUUUAUAAUAUUACAUCAGAAUUUUUAUUAUUAAAACUAAAUAUCGAAAAAUUCUUACGAAUGAUUUAAAAUGGUGGUACUAAACGUAUUGACAGUCCAAAAUAAAAUUUCUAUAAUACGAGUCCACCUAAGCCCAUAGAUUAAACAAUGUUACGAGACACUUGCAUGAACGUUACAAAAUUUCAUCUAAUUUUCUAUUUACGAUGGUUGACUAAAUAAACGACGACAGUAAACGUAUUACGAUAGUCCAAAACAAAAUUACUAUAAUCCACCUAGGCGCCUAAGUUAAACGAUCUCGUGCUUGGGUGAAUGAUAUGCAAUAAAGAUCCAUCAUUUGAUAUGCAACUUUCCUUCGCGGUUGAGGAUAGACGACAAAAUUGAAAAGUGCCUUCCGAAGUGCCUUCACGAUACUAUAGUUCGUCGGAAAAAUCAUGGUCGAACCGACACGCGUCCUUUUGCGGCGCGCGGAGCGGAAAAUUUCGCUCGCUUGGCGUGAAACGAUCGACCGCACGAUCGAUUCGUCCUAGGACACGCGAUUAGAGGGCUCCUCCAGUCCCUGGAAGGACGAAGGGCGUGCACAGGGGUUUCUUUGAAAGUGCGCGAACGGCGAUCGUGGAUAGCUCGAGGCGCAGAACGUUUGCGCGACUGGUUCUGGUGAUUUUGGUCCCAUAUAUCUAUGAUAUAUUAACGUUGUAUGUUCCAUGAACGAUCUAGCGUGUAAGUUCACUUUAGCCACGUAAGAACACUCGGACGGCUCACGUGAGUCGUUCGUUAAGUUACUCGAAGAGAUUUCUCAUAUUUUUCUAUGUUUUUCUUUUCUUUCUUUCUUUUCUUCUCUGUUGUGUUUCUUUUUCCGCUAAUCGUCGACGAUUCAAUCGUUGGUUCACGUACUCGUAAGUAAGUAGCUCUUACGUACUAAACUAUAAACAUUUUCUACUAAGAUUUAUUUAAACUUUCUCCGAAUACUUUCAGAAUUCCACGACGUUCACUGCCCCUUACCCCCCCGUGCGUGUAUAAAUGUCUCUCCCUGAUUCUCGGUUCGAUUUUGAUUCGAGCGUCGAACGAUCCCUCGUAUCGGGCGUUGAAGUCUCCAAGAAGGUAUUGCGCUCUAAACGGUCAUUAUCGAGGUGGUCUUUGCAAACUAAUAACGGAGGAACUAUUGGACGCUAAGUAUCGCGUUUUUGCACACGUGUUUACUGGUGUUUCGAGUAACUUUACACAAAUUUUCAAACGAUUAUUUAUAAUAUUCCGCGAGCUAGAGACCUCGCAGAUGUUUAAACGAGCUGUCCAUAAUUAUCUUUGAUUGAUUCGAAUUUUGUGUAGAAUUUAUAUCAUUGAUUAGCACACAAUAAUGGAAAUGAAUUUUAUUAUUGUAUUGAUAAAAGUAGAAUUUAAAUAUAAAUUGAAGAAUUUGGUGUAAUUAACUUGAAUUGCACGUAUUUCAAUUUCACAUGUUUCUCUAUCGUGCGAACUAAGAUUAACUAUAUACAUUGAAAACAACUAUUGUUAUUGCAUAAUAGAUAUUUAAAUUCCUUUGGUAACAGUCUUGGUAACAUAUCUUUGAUAAUUUUGUUGAAAGUCUACGUCUCUACAUUAUAAACGCCAUCGACUUAUUUUUUAUUUACGAAUCCUUCGAUAUAAUAAUGCUCAACUAUAAAAUAAACAGUCAUUGAUACUUGAAAUGAUUUAUAAAACUACUCGACGUAUGCACGAAAACGUAUAAAAAGUAUGAAGCUCAUAGGUUUGAUACUUUUUAUUUAAUUAAUUCGAAAAGGAAGCCAAAAUUAUCGUCCUCUAAAUUAAGAGUCCAAACAUUUUUCUCUACGUCCAUCGACUCAAUAAUGUUUAACUCGAAAAUAAACAAUCAUUAGUACCCGAAACAAUUUAUGCAAAUACUCGAAGCAUCCAUAAAUACGUAUAAAAUAAUUGGAAUCUAUCGGUCUCGUUCAUUUCAUUUAAUUAAUUCGCAAAGAAAGUUCGAAUAUACAUCCCCCUAGUUCAAACUACCACCAUAACACGUUCGCGACUUUCCUUCGAUGCUCGAGGCGAAACGGAGCCAAGGGGCUCGUGUGCGUUGCUGGAAUUUAUGUUUAUUUAAUGCGAUUUUAUUAUGUUUAUUUAAGAACUCACCCCCCUCACCCCCCCACCGGUGAACUUGUUACAAAGUUUUACUAACAUUGCGGAUGUUCGCUCACUGAUAUCGGUUGUACAUACUCUCGACGUAAUCAUUUUAUACGCUCGUUUUUAUUUAUUUAAUUGAGUUCGUUUCUCGUAAUCGUAUUAAUAUAUUAUUACGUAUUAUCGUUAAAAAGCUCUGCUGCGUAGGCGAGACGUCGAGGUCGUCGUGGGUCUGGUUUCAAUUUCACGUUCGGUCUGUCCAGUGGAACAUGUAAAUUAGAUCGUAGGGCAUAUCAACAAAGGCAAAGAAAAUUUAUUAUGUAUUGGAAUCGCAGUGACCAAACCGCAGAGAUGGGCAGAAUUUUGUUUAUUAAUAAACUAAUAGAAACUCUAUCCAACAGGAGCAAUAAUAAUAUUAAGUAGAAGAGAGUAAUUAUAAAUAAAUAGAAAUAAGUAAGAAAACGAAAAUCAGGAUAAAAUAUUUUUCUUGUGUAUUUCUAGAAAUGUUCUUUAAAAGUAUUUGAUAAAAAAUUCAAAUAAUUGUUGUAGCUCUUUCAUAAAAAGAUAUCUACCCUCUAAUUUAUCUAUGUUUACUCAAUAUUCAUUCAGUCUGAACCACAAUUCGAUCAUACAAUUCAGAUUGUAGUUUGUCUUAAUCUUGCAUGAAGAUUCUUAUCCUUUAUUCGUUAUUCGAAAUUUGAUAUUUUUGUGAGAAUUUUGCCCAUUUCUGACAAACCGUAACCGACGGACGAUCCUCUUGUCGUCCCGAGAGUGUGCAAUCGCUGCCAAAUAACGAGGAAACGUCGAGGCGUUUAUUUUUUUAUCUCGAGCUGUUGUAAAAAUUCUAAAAGUAGGUCGUUAAGCCAAAGAAGAUGGCGGCGAGCUCGACAAUUUUCUCGAAACCAGCCUCGAGAGAGAUAUAUUUGUCGUUUCUAAUUGCGCGUGGCAAUCGGAAGCGAACGCAAGGCUUGUCGAAGAUUAGAGCAAUACAAUGAGAGCUACGAUAAAAAAAAAACAUCGUUGGAGUACGAAGUGAAACCUUUCUAAACUGAACAAUGAUAAAAUGUAUGUGAAAAAUUAAGAAAGUAGGUAUUACUUUCUUAAUUUGUGAUUUAUCAAGGUGCAAUAAUUGGUUCCUGAUGGUGCAUCACUCGUUUUAAUAAUGAACCAUCGGCGAUCCCUAUAUUUUUGAAAUUAAAAAUGUAUAUGUUUUUCUAGCUUUCUUCGAUGCUUUUGUAACAUAUAUUUACAUUGAAUAAAAGUUGAUAAGCAACAAAAGACCAUCGCUCUUUGGAUCACUCGAACUGCGUUCGAAGGGAUCUUUAUUUACCCGCAGAUUCAAAAAUUUAUUACUAUACUGUUACGACUGUGACUCUUUAUUCUAUUGCUCGAUUUUCAUUUUUUUAUCCAGAGACUCUUUGAAAAUUUAAUUAGACUUAUAUAUACAAGGUGCGGAUAAGAUGAUAGUGGAAGUGGGUGGAGGGUACAUCUAAAUAUAAAUUGAAAAUAUAGGAUAAAAUUGUUCGACGUUAACUUUCAUUUUUGAAAAAAUCUAUUUUGGAAACUCGUUUAUAUCGAGUACAAUUGAAUAGAAUUUGGCUAAUUAUUCAAUUAUAAACUUUGAAGUCGUUUCUAAAUGAAGCUUCGCAAAAAUUAAAAUUCAACAUGAAACUACGCAAUAAAAGGAAAGAAACUUCAAAAAAAUUAAUAUUCAACAUCAAACUACUCGAUAAAAGGAAAGAAUCUUCUCAAUAAUUAAUUAUCAAAAUGAACCUGUACAAUAAAGGAAACGAAGCAUCAAAAUAAUUAUUUAUGAAUGUGAAGCUACGCAACAAAAGAAACGUAGCUUUACAAUAAUUAAUAUUCAACAUAAAACUGCGCAACAAAAUGAAUCUUCAUAGAAUUCAUAUUCAACAUGAAACUGCACAACAAAACAAAUGCAGCUUCAUAAUAUUCGUAUUCAGCAUGAAGCUGUACAACAAAACAAAUGCAGCUUCAUAAUUUUCCUAUUUAGCAUGAAGCUGCAUACCAAAACAAAUGAAGAUUCAUAAAAUUCAUAUUCUACAGGAAGUUGGACAACAAAACAAAUGAAGCUUCAGAAAAAUUCAUAUUCAACAUGAAGCUGCACAACAAAAACAGAUCAAGUUCCAUAAAAUGAAUAUUCAACUUGAUGGCGCACAACAAAACCAACAUAUCUCUAUAAAAUAAAUAUUCAACGCAAAGGAAGGCAAAAAAAGGCCCGUCUCUUUCGACAAGCCUUGCAAAAAUUGAAAUAUAAAUGCACGCAAAUAUUCGGAACGUGUUUACCCAUUCGAUUUCGACGAUAUAUAAUGUCGCGCUUAAGUCUGGCACGCAAUAAUCGUAAACUCCCGAAGGAAACGGAUUAUUAAGUCCGCGUGGAAACGAAAUCGAAUCGUUCUCCUUGCUGGCGGUUAAGCUACGGUUAAUAAUCGCCGUAAAGUACGUGUUAUUAGAAGCUUAAGGUGACGAUACGCAUCGCCAUUGACUUUCUUAUCGGCGCUGCUUCGAAAUACCUGU